AUGGAUCAGACAAAAAUCCAACAAAAGCAGCCAGCUCCCGCCGAAAUUCAUACAUCUGUCGAAGAUACACGUAGGGUUGAGGAAUUGGCUCGUGCAGAACGUAUGCUCGAUCCGAAAGCAGAACAGCAUGCACAUCAUGAGGCGAAGUUAGUGAAACAAGAGUUGGAAAAUAAAUCAGCUAUGGGCGAACAAAAAUAA